GGUGCAGCGACCAUCAUUCUUCAUGUGGCGGAAUUUUCUCUGCCACUUUGCAUUUUCAUAUAUUUUCAAAAUGGACGUCGGCGAGCACUGCAGUAACCCGGGCUGCAACCAGAAGGACUUCCUGCCGUUCGCUUGCGACUGCUGCAACGGGAUCUUUUGCCUCGAGCACCGCACGUACGACGCGCACGCAUGCGCCCAAGCCGGCGCCAAGGACGCGCGGGCGAUCACGUGCCCGCUGUGCCGGGCGACGAUCCCGCUGACCGGCGCCAUGGACGUCGACGAAGUCUGGGCCGCGCACGCGCGCACGAACUGCAGCCCCGACAAGUACGAGGAAAAGAAGAAGCCCAAGGAGCGCUGUGCCGCCGACGGUUGCCGAGAAGUGCUCACUGCGUCCAACACGGUACAAUGCAACUCGUGCCGGAAGAAGGUGUGUCUCCGCCAUCGGUUUGAAACCGACCACCAAUGCCCACGCCGCGCUACGCCGCCAGUGCGACCAGCGUCCAUGCAGCAGCGCAUGGGCUCGUCCGUCUCACGCCUCGUGCAGUCGGCCAAGACGGCCGCAGCGGCGCCCAGUAAGACCACCGUCACGGCGGCCUCCGAGAGCUGUCCGAUGUGCCAAGAGAAGUUUCGAUACACGUCACAGCUGAUUGCGCAUGUGAACAAGGCGCAUCCUGACAGCGGCCGCGCGCGUCCUUCGGCGGCGCCCAGAGCGAGCGCGGCGCCUGUGGCUUCGAGCGGUCAGGAGACAUGUCCUGUGUGCAGGGCAUCGUUUGCUGAUGUAACGCAGCUCAUUGCACACGCCGAGUCGGCCCACCAAGGCCAGGCGCAACAAGGCAAGGGUGACUGUAGCAUGAUGUAGAUAAAUCGAGCCAAAACCACUCACUAGACACCACAUCGUUCUCUUCUUGACGUGCAACGAGGGUUGUCGUACGGCAAAUAUUAGCCCAUUAAGCUACCAGCGAGGAGAUUCACAUUUGCUGAAGUCUUCGGACGGAGAAUCUGUCCAUGAGAUCUCCC